AUGAAUUCACGAGUUAAAUAUUCACCAAAUGAACAAGUUCGUGUACCAAAUGUCAUUAGUUUAGUUGGUCUUCCUGCUCGUGGUAAGACAUAUAUUUCAAAAAAAUUAUGCCGUUACCUUAAUUGGAUUGGAAUUAAAACUAGAGCAUUUAAUGUUGGAGAUUAUAGAAGAAAAGUUUGUAAUUUUCAAGAGCAAGGAAAAUUUGAUUUUUUUAAUCCAAAAAAUGAAGAUGGUGUUAAAAUUAGAGAUGAGUGUGCUAGAAUGGCUAUGGAUGAUAUGGGAAAAUAUUUAGAAGGUAAUGAGGGUGAAGUGGCAAUUUUUGAUGCUACAAAUACAACUAGAGAGAGAAGAAGAUGGUUGGUUAAUUAUUGUGCCUCAAAAGAAAUUAAAUUUCGUGUCUUAUUUAUUGAAAGUAUUUGUGAUGAUCCAGAUAUAAUUAAUUCAAAUAUUACAGAAGUCAAAAUUAAUUCCCCAGAUUACAAAGGAAUUAUGACUGAGGAACAAGCUAAAGAAGAUUUUUUAAAAAGAAUUGAAAAUUAUAAAAAACAAUAUGAGCCAAUAGAUGAUGACAUUGAUGAUGAUUUAUCAUAUAUAAAAGUUAUUAAUGCUGGGAGAAGUUUUUAUGUUCAUAAUGUUGUUGGGCAUAUUCAAAGUCGUGUAGUAUACUUUCUUAUGAAUAUUCAUUUAUUACCACGUUCAAUUUAUCUUACAAGACAUGGUGAAUCCGACUACAAUAGAAUUGGAAGAUUAGGUGGUGAUUCACCAUUAAGUCCCAAUGGUCGUUUAUACGCUGAAAAACUUAAAGAUUAUUUUGUUAAAGAAAAUGUACCAAAUCUUCGUAUUUGGACAUCACAAAAAAUUAGAGCCGUUCAAACAGCUAAUCAUCUUAAAGAUAUUGGUGCCCAUGUAGAAUAUUGGAAAUGCCUUGAUGAGAUUGAUGCUGGUAUUUGUGAAGGAUUAACUUAUGAAGAUUUUGAAACACGAUAUCCAAAACAAUUUCAGGAAAGAGAUAAAGAUAAAUAUCAUUAUAGAUAUCCUAGUGGAGAGAGUUAUGAAGAUUUGGUAGCUAGAUUAGAACCUGUAAUUAUGGAACUUGAAAGACAAUCAAAUGUUCUUGUAGUUUCUCAUCAAGCUGUUCUUCGUUGUAUUUUAGCAUAUUUUGACAACAAAAAUCGUGAAGAACUGCCAUACUUAAAAAUUCCUCUUCAUACUGUUAUUAAGUUAACACCCAAAGCAUAUAGUUGUCAAAUUGAAAUGUUCAAAUUUGAUAUUGAAGCUGUUGAUACAUAUAGAGCUAAACCCACUAUUCCACCGGUUAUAUCCAGUAAAAAUAUCACUACGAUGGCCUCAGAUAAAACAAAAAGCAUGAACAAAGCUAGUGAGGAAGAAAAAACACAUUAUUGUUAA